GCAAUCGAGUAAUCAAAUAAACGUAGUUUCGUAAUUGAAUUUUGAGAUUACACCUUUGCAUAUCAAGCUUUAAAAGUUCUAAAUAAGCAUCUAAAAGUUUUAUAUUCCAUUCUUUAAUAAUGGGAGCAGUUCUCGGUGCUUUAACCGUCGGACAGCUGGCAUGCUGCUGUGGGAGUGCAGCCUGCAGCCUGUGCUGCUCAGCUUGCCCCUCUUGCAAGAAUUCCACAUCCACCCGCAUCAUGUAUGCCAUCAUGCUGCUGCUCACCACAGUCGUGUCAUGCAUCAUGCUCUCUCCGCAGCUCAAGGAGAAGCUGGAAAACGUUCCGUUCUGUGAAGGCAAAUGCACGGAUGCCAUUGGCUACUUGGCUGUGUAUCGCCUAGUAUUCGCUCUCACCCUCUUCUUUGUACUGUUCUGCCUCCUCAUGAUUGGUGUCAGAUCUUCCAGGGAUGCUCGAGCAGGCAUACAAAACGGAUUCUGGGGCAUUAAGUACUUGUUGCUGAUUGGAGGAAUGGUGGGUGCAUUCUUCAUUCCGGAGAAAGCUGUCUUCGGGCAAGUGUGGAUGUACUUCGGGAUGAUUGGCGGAUUCCUCUUCAUCCUUAUCCAACUGGUCCUCAUCAUCGAUUUUGCGCAUGGAUGGACCGAGAGAUGGUUGGAAAACUAUGAAGAGUCGCAGUCCAAGGGAUGGUACUGUGCUUUGAUCUUUUGCACCGUUCUUCACUACGCACUGGCUCUUGCUGGAGUAGUUCUGCUGUAUGUCUAUUACACGCAGGAGAGUGGUUGUGGCGUUCAAAAGUUCUUCAUCAGUUUCAACAUGAUUUGCUGCAUUAUCCUGUCAAUUAUAUCCGUUCUGCCCAAAGUUCAAGAUGCACUCCCCAAAUCUGGAUUACUGCAGUCCUCUGUAGUGAUGUUAUAUGUUGUGUACUUGACCUGGUCCUCGCUCAACAAUUCGGAGGAAUGUAGACCCAGUUUCCUAGGUAAGCCCCAUGCCAUUGACGCCCAGAGCAUUGUCAGUCUGGUCAUCUGGUUCGUGUGUGUUCUAUACUCGAGCAUACGCACGGCCAGCAAUUCUCAAGUCAGCAAGUUGACCGGCUCUGAGAAGAUCCUGGUGCAAGAUGGAGAUUCCGAUCUGGCGAAAGGAGAUGCGGAAAGCGGCAAGGCCUACGACAAUGAAGAUUCGGAAGUGGUGUACAGCUGGUCCUUCUUCCACUUCAUGUUUGCCCUGGCAUCUCUCUAUGUCAUGAUGACACUCACCAACUGGUACGAGUAA